UUUUCACUUUUCAGAUUUCACUAUUACAGUCAUUUCAGAACUCUGACAACUAUGCUUAACAAUUUAGGCAAUAUAACCAAUUGUUAAGUAAUGCGUUUGUUUUUUAUUAAUAUUUAAUUGUUUGUUUUGAAACUAUAGUUUUGUGUGUUGACACCAAUUCAAACAUUUAUAAUAUAAUACUUUAGAUAUAAUUUUAUUAUUUUACUUUUAUUAUGUAAUUUGACUCCUAAUACUGUUUCUAAACACAAAUUUCUACUUUCUAGUUUUUCAAUUAGACAUACCAAAAUUAUUAUUCAUACUUAUAUAUAAGAAAAUUGUAUAACAAUGUUUCGAAAUGGUAAGUUUUCUGAAACGACUCCAUCAAAACAGUCACGAAGUGAACGUUUUCAAGAAAUGUCUAAGCAACAACAAUUAAUUGAACAGAAAAAACGUGAAAUUCAAGCUCGGUUUGAAGAAAAAAAAAAGAAAAUUGCUGAACUAACAGGAGAAAAUAAAUCAAAACAACCUUUGGCUAUUACUAAAAAUGCAAUAAAAUUGGACAAAAUUAAAUCAUUUUAUCAAAAAUCCAGGAGUACAAAAAAGAAUGAAACUUCAGCAAAAGGUUCUAAUGAAGAACUACCAUAUGAGUCAACAGGAGCUCAUAAGAAUAAACCUAGUUUAGCCGAAGUUUUUGAGAAAGAUAACAUUUCUGAUUCAAAAGAUUUUGAAAAUAGUAUUGAACCAGAAGUUGAACAUGGACCAAAAUUAGAGCCAAAUUAUUGCCUAGAAGCUUAUAAAGAACCUGAAACCUUUAUUCCAGAUCAUCAUUUUAUUGGAUAUAAUAUUAAUCAAUCAUACCAACCACCCAACUUUUACAACACUCCAUCUGUUCAAGUAACUUCAAUCCAAACUCAACCUCAGACUACUGUGGUUCAAGUUCCUACUGUAUCAAUAGUUACCACACAUCCAAUUUUACAAAUUUCACAACCAACUUCAAUGUAUCAGACACAAAAUCCAGUAUUUAUAACACAAAAUAAUUCAAAAAUGAAUAUUCCUCAUGGUCCUUAUCAACAAUAUCCGUUGCAAACUCCUCCACUGACAGCUACAAUAGUUACGGAUACUACAACAACAACAACUGUACCUCGUAAUGCUGAUGAACAACCAUCACUUAUAGUAACUGAAACAUCUACCGUGUCCUUGGGACCAACUCCAAAUGCAGCACAUAUGUUGAACGCAACACCUCAGACAAUUGAAACUUACACUCCGGUUCCGAGAGCUUUGAAUACAGUGAUGAGAUGUGAACCACAAGCAGUCCUUGAUAAUCAUGAUGUCGAAAGUUUAGCAGCUACAGUUGCUGAAUAUGGUGAUGAAAUUGAAAAUAUCAUACUACAAGAACGACCCCAAGAUGUUAAUUUACUAUUUUUGAGGGACAAAAAUUCUCCAGCCUAUACAAUUUUUCGACAAAGAGUGGGAUAUUUAAAAGCAAAAAUGAUAGCUAAUAAAUUAACACCAACUGAUAUAAAACCUCACACAUUAUCAAAUCAAAUGGUAGUUACAGACUUUGAUAGUGAAGAUGUAACUAAUAAAAAACGUAAACGUAAAAGUCGUUGGGCAAAUGAUAAUGUUAAAGUUCCAGUUACUUCAACAAUUGCCAUUGGUCAAACUAUUCCCCAACCAAUUAAUGCUCAAAAACUUGUCGGUGUGCCUGGUAUGUCUGGACCCAUGAUUAGUCAAGUUGGACGAAAUGAUCCUGCUUUGAUACAGUAUGCCAUGCAAUCAUUUGGAACAAUAAAUUUAUCUGAAGAAGAUUGGAAAAAAGCAGAAGAUCAUUAUAAAAUUAAUUUGUUGUAUCAAGAUAUGUUAAAAAAACGUCAGCAAUUAGAAAGUUUACAGAGAGCUGGAAAAUUUAAAUAUGAAUAUGAUAGCGAUGAAGAUACUGAGGGUGGUACAUGGGAACAUAAAUUAAGAAAAGAUGAAAUGGUUGCUACUGAAAGAUGGGCUGAAGAAUUAACUGAAAAGUCUAAAGAUAAACAUCACAUUGGAGACUUUUUACCUCCUGAUGAACUCGCUAGGUUUAUGGAAAAGUAUUCCGCAUUAAGAGAAGAUCGCGAGCCUGAUUUGUCUGAUUAUAAAGAAUUUAAAUUAAAAGAAGAUAAUAUAGGAUUUCAGAUGUUACAAAAACUUGGGUGGUCUGAAGGGCAAGGAUUAGGAUCUAGUGGUAGUGGUAUCGUCGAGCCUGUAAAUAAAGGAGGAUCUCAUAAUGAAAAUCAUGGUUUGGGUGUUGAAAGACCAUCAGAACUCAGGCAAAAUGAUGAUGAAUUUGAUGCUUAUCGAAAACGAAUGAUGUUAGCGUAUCGCUUUCGCCCUAAUCCUUUGAAUAAUCCUCGAAGACCAUACUACUAAAACCAAAUAUGUAUAUUCAAGCAAUUUACUUAACAGUAAUUUGUGUUAGUUUUAAUUAUAGGAUAUAUUUCGUAUAAUUGUAUUGUUUUUUUGUUAAAUUAUUAAUUUCUGCUAAUUUAAUCAUUUUGAUUUGGUUCAUAUUGUAAGUAUAUAUACUUUAUAUAAAUUAUAUUAUGUCGUAUGAAAAAUGGUUUAUUUAAUAAUAAAUAAUCCUAUUCCCCC